AUGCUGCUCACGUGGUCACUGAUCACUCUCCUCGCUGUGCCAGCUCUGGCUGGCAUGAACAAGACCGGCACCCUCUGCACCGUGACCCCGUCUGGCAGUAAAGAUGAUAGUGGCUUUAUCAUGGAUGCAUUCAAGCAAUGCGGUCAGAAUGGACAGAUUGAGAUCACCGAAGGUGACUUCACCAUCGCCAAAGUCAUGGACGUCUUGAAUCUAAAGAACUGCGACAUUAGCAUAAGAGGCAAGCUCACUUGGAACGAUGACAUCAACUAUUGGACCAAGAACUCCAUCGGUGUCACUUACGCGCAGCGUAGCACUGCCUUCCGACUCGGCGGAGACACCUUCUCUAUCCGAGGGCAUGGCCAAGCGCUCUUUUUCGGCAACGGCCAGAAGUGGUAUGAUGUCAACAAGAACGGUUCGAACAUGGCUGGCCGGCCGAUCAGCUUGACACUAUGGAAAGCAAAGAAUGUGUUCAUCGAUGGGAUAACGUGGCGGCAGCCGCAGUUCUGGCACACGUUCGUCGCGUACUCCGAGAACGUGACAAUGACCAAUCUCGACAUGAACGCCACUUCGACCUCGCAAUGGAACACUGUCAACACUGAUGGCUUCGAUUCCUGGAACUCGAAGGAUAUCACGAUCAAGAAUUGGGUCGUGAAGUGCGGCGACGACUGCAUAUCCAUCAAGGGCAAUAGCAGCAACAUCUAUGUCAAGAAUGUAACCUGCUACGAGUCUGGCGCUGCCUGCAUUGGUUCGCUUGGAAACAACGCGAUAGAAUACGUUGAUAACGUCCUCUUCGAGGACUUCACCGCCAUCCAUUCGUCCAAUGCUGCCUGGAUAAAGACGUAUCCCGGUCAGGGCCAUGUACGAAAUGUCACCUUCCGGAACUUCUACUUCCAGGAUGUCAACCAGCCAAUAUACAUCUCUCCUUGCAUAUACUCGUACAGCAAUUGCGAUGCGAGUAGGUUGAAGAUCAGUGACAUCACAUGGGAGAACGUGACUGGGACAAGUCGGUACAAUGUCGCUGCGGGGAUUUACUGUAGUAAAGGAGCGCCGUGUACGGGGCUCAAGUUCAAGGAUAUCAACAUCAAGCCGAAAAACGGAGGGACCGCCAAGGUUCUGUGUAGCAACAUGAAUAGCGACAGUGGGUUGUCGUGUACGGGCACGUGUCCGAGUGGAUGGAAGCAGCAGUUGAGCGGGAACGCAUGA